AUGGCAAGUCAAACCAGACUACCCUUUCCUGAUAAAACAACCAACACAUCAGCUAUCUUUGAACUUGUUCAUGUUGGUCUGUGGGGUCCAUAUCAUGUGACAACAUAUGAUAAUUACAAAUACUUCAUUACCCUGGUGGAUGACUUCAGUAGAGCCAUCUGGACUCAUCUACUUAGUUGCAAAAGUAAUGCCUUACAAGUUUUAAAAGCAUUUGUUCUUAUGGUCAAAAACCAAUUUAAUACAUCUGUCAAAAUGAUCAGAACUGACAAUGAUAAAACAAAACCAAAUUUGACCUUAGAACCACCCCACAUGUCUUUAUUGGUUAGUGCUGUUUUGACUAGUAGGGCUAUAUUUCAAAGAAUGAAAAAUACAGUUAAUUUUGUCUUUGUUUCCAUAACCAUACGAAUAGUGCUUGGUUUCAUGCUUCUGGCACUGAUAUGGGAAUACGACUUUCCUCCAUUCAUGGUACUGAUAAUUGCAAUUCUAAAUGAUGGUACUAUCAUGACUAUUUCCAAAGAUCGCGUUAAACCAUCUCCAACACCUGACAGUUGGAAGCUUAACGAGAUAUUUACUGCUGGCAUUGUGAUUGGCACUUAUCUUGCCUUAGUUACUGUCUUGUUUUACUGGCUCGUAGACAGCACCGUAUUCUUUUCGACUCACUUCCAUGUAAAAUCUCUAAGUGGAAGCACUGAAGAAAUCUCAGCAGCCAUAUAUCUGCUAGUCAGUAUUAUCAGCCAGGCGCUAAUAUUUGUGACCCACACUCAGAGUUGGUCAUUUAUAGAGAGACCAGGAGCUCUUUUGAUGUUUGGAUUUGUGUUGGCCCAACUGGUUGCUACCUUGAUAUCUGUUUGUGCACAUAUUGAAUUCGCGUCAAUUAGUGGCAUAGGUUGGGGAUGGGCGGGUGUCAUAUGGUUAUAUAGUCUUAUUUCCUAUAUUCCCUUAGAUAUAAUCAAAUUAGUUGUUCAUUAUGUUCUGACUGGAGAAGCCUGGAACCUACUUUUCGAUAAGAAGAAUGCUUUUACAUGUAAAAAGGACUAUGGAAAGGAAGACAGAGAGGCUAAGUGGGUACUUUCUCAGAGAACUCUACAAGAUUUAGUAUCAAUAGAGUUUGAACCUAAAAGCAGAAGAUCUUCUAUUAUUGCUGAACAAGCUAUGCGUCGAGCAAAAUUAAUCAGGCUUAGUGAGUUGCAUACUUUGAGUGGUCAUGUAGAAUCAGUAUCAAAACUGAAGGAUCUGGACAUUAACAAAAUUCAAACGGCUCAUAUAGUUUGA